AUGCAUGCACGACUCUGGGAUGAGCUGUACACUGAGCCGGGCGGGACACUGUGUUUUUGCUCCUACCACCAGAUCGCGGAACAGCUCGAUCGUAUCCACACGCUUGAUAUUGGCCCCAUCACCUUCCAGCAAUGGAUGUCGUCUGAUAUCGGGGGAGUAAUGCGGACACCCAUGGUCAAUCUCAACAGCCUCAUUCUGCGGGUGGACUACGAGGACCCCUUUCGCCACCCUGAAGACCUCGCCCGCGUCGUUCUCACCCAGCCGCGGAUCCCGAAACUCACGCGACUCAGUCUGCAAGGAUUUCGGUUCCCUUUUUGCACCAAAGAGGUCAUGGCAGGCCUCGAGGAGCUCACUCUUGGCCCGUGCAAGGUCGCACACCAUCGCCUUCCUCUAAUGGACCUCAUCCUCGCCUUGAGGCGAGCGACCCGUCUCCGCCACCUGCGCAUCCACGACUUCCUCAGCAUCGCCGAGUUCUCCGCCCAGAAAAUUAGCAAGAAGGCUCUCCCAGCACUGCAGACGCUCCACAUCGAAGACGACCCCCUGAUGAUCGGCCACCUCCUCGACGCGUUCCGUCUCCCGUCCUGCGCCUCCGUCUCCCUCACCGAGCUCGCGCCCCCCGACCGCAUCGAGCCCCCGUUCCUCCGCAUGCUCCCCGACGACCCCACCACGCGCUUCGCCUUCCUCGGCUUCACCCUCACCCACCUCGCCAUCGCCCCCGCCGGCCCCUUCGUCGUCGUCUCCGGCACCGCCGCCGCCGCCCCCGGCCACACCCUCGCGCUCCGCACCCGCACCGCGCCCUUCGUCUUCGCCCACGCCGUCGCGCUCGCCGCCCGCCUCCCGCCGCUGGACACCGCGUACCUGCGCGCGCUCGACGUCGCCGUCCCCGCGCCGCCGCACGGGAACUGCCACGUCGACUGGGCGGCGGUCCUCAGCCGCGCCCCCGCCUCCGUCACGGCGCUCACGGCGCUCACUGUCCGCGCCGCGGCGGCGGCGGUGCCAGUGCCAAUGCCGGAGGGGGUGCUCGACGCGCUCGCGGACGCGCGUGCGCUCCCGCGCCUCGCGUCGUUGGACGUCGUCGGGAUGGCGUACAGGAAGGGGCUGCUGGCGCGGCUGGUGCGCCUCGGGCGGGCCCGGCCGCAGCUCGUGCGGAUCGGGGUGGGGCUCACGGGCGGGGAGGGGUGGGAGCUCGGGAACGUGGAGAUGGGGGCGUUGGAGGUGUUGGGCCCGCGGCUUGAGGGGUGUUCUGGAUGCUUGCAGCUCUGGGUCGUCCCUCCGGAGGAUGGCGGGGGGAGAUUGGAGCUCGAUGUGGAGGAUGGUGCGGACGCCGCUGCCUCUCUCACCCAGCACCUCGAAUGCCCCACGCUUGUAAUCGCUUCUGUGUAA